AUUUUGUAGGCCAGAACACUUCGAGUUAUUUUCUGAAAAUUUAACACGAUGCAAUAGACUCACAGAUGAACCUUCAGGAUUUUUUUCAAGAAUUUAGAAGAUUUCUAGGUACCUUGAAUAAAUUCGUCAAAACAGGACAGAUUAUGAACUUGUUCAAACACAGUUAUGCAUGUUCAUCAUAUACACGAAUUCUCUGAAAUAAAAACUCAAUUCCAACCUCAAAAACCCUCUCCCAUGGCUUCAAUUCAGAGCAUAUUAGAUGCAGAACAUGAAAUCUAGCAUGGAAACAUUGAAGUUAUCUCAUUCCUUCGAUGUAUGCAUUAUUGUCAGUGAUUAAAACUAAUAGUUAUUUGAAUAUGUUAGGCAGACAAGCCUAAUGGAAAGGUGCCAGAUUUAUGUGAGAGAUACCAGGCAUCACAUACAUUGAAAGAUGGUGGAUGGAUCGAUCCUCAAUGUGAGGAGAUACAUGCGAGGAUGGUGGCCAAGCGAGAUGAGGCAUCUCAAUCAGGAUGUCCGCUGACGGACGAAGAACUUUCAAGGAUUUGUCUUGGGAAGCAAAGUAUUACGUAAGGGGAUUUGGGGUUGGCCCGAGGCCCUCAUCCUUCUCUUCCCAAUCCAGCUCCAACUCAGCACGACAAGAGCUACAAAAAGUCCAAUCCGAGAUGGAGUUACUUCGUGAGGAGCGACGAAGAGAACGGGAGGAGUAUGAAAGGCGGUGGGAGGAGGAGCGAAACCGGCGUGACGAGGAGCAAAGACAACGAGAAGAGCAGCAAAGGCAAAGAGAUGAAGAGCUAAGGCUAAGAGAUGAGGAUCUAAGGCAAAGAGAUGAGCAAAGACAACAUGAAUUUGAUGAACUCAAAGCCAUGAUGAUGAGGCAAAUGCAUGGACGAGACAAUGUGUGAUUGAGGUGAUGGUGGGAAAUAUUCG